UGCGGCGCCGGGCGGCGGGAGUGGGUGCCGCCGGCGGGGCGGGACAGCGGGAUCGUGGCUUACAACAGCCGGAGCCGGAGCAAGGAGCCGCUCGUACUGGCCACGGGAGGAGUGGCGACCUGGUACAGCUGCGGGCCGACGGUGUACGACCGGGCGCACCUCGGGCACGCCAGCUCCUAUGUUAGGUUUGAUAUAAUUCGAAGGAUAAUGACUAGGUUUUUUGGAAUUGAAGUUAUCAUGGUGAUGGGGAUCACAGACAUAGAUGACAAGAUAAUAAAAAGAGCCAAUGAGAUGAAUAUAUCCCCAGUAGCUCUUGCUCGUAUUUAUGAAGAAGACUUUAAACAAGAUAUGGCUGCCUUAAAGGUUCUUCCUCCUACAGUAUAUAUGAGAGUGACUGACAAUAUUCCUCAGAUAAUUUCCUUUAUAAAAACAAUAAUUGCUAGUGGACAAGCUUACGCAACCUCGCAAGGCAAUGUUUAUUUUGAUGUUAAGUCUUGGGGAAAAAGAUACGGAGUAUUAACUACUAUUUAUCCUGAUACCCAAGAUGAAGCAGUUGAUACUGAUAAACGACAUGGUAAAGAUUUUGCCCUGUGGAAGGCUGCCAAACCUCAAGAGCUAUCUUGGACUUCUCCCUGGGGAAAAGGAAGACCUGGAUGGCACAUUGAGUGUUCCACAAUAUCAAGUGCAGUGUUUGGAAAGCAGCUGGACAUCCAUACUGGUGGAAUAGAUCUUGCAUUUCCUCAUCAUGAAAAUGAAAUCGCACAGUGCGAGGUAUAUCAUCAGUGUGAGCAAUGGGGGAAUUACUUUUUGCAUUCUGGGCAUUUGCAUGUUAAAGGAAGUCAGGAAAAAAUGUCCAAGUCAUUAAAAAACUUCAUAACAAUUAAGGAUUUCCUGAAGAAAUUUUCGUCGGAUCAAUUCAGGAUGUUUUGUCUGCGCAGCAGAUACAGCUCAGCAGUAGAAUUUAGUGACGACAGCAUGGAUGAUGCAAAGCACCUUCUUCAGGCAAUCUCCUCAUUUAUCAGAGAUGCAAAUGCUUAUAUAAAAGGACAGCUGGUAUGUGACCCUGUUAGAGAAGACAUACUGUGGGAAAGGCUAGCCAACACAAAAGUAACCGUGAAGGCUGCGUUUGCAGAUGACUUUGACACCUCCAGGGCUGUUGCAGCAAUUAUGGACCUCAUUCACCAUGGCAACAGACAGCUUAAGGCUGUUACUAAGGAUGCUGGAUCUCCUAGAAGCUCUGUUGUGUAUGGAAGCAUUAUUUCCUAUAUAGAAGGCUUUUUUAAUGCCCUUGGGAUGUCCUUUGGAGAAAGACAGGUGGCUCUGGGAGGAGACAACUCUGCUGUGCUCUCUAACGUCAUUGACGAGCUUGUAAGGUUCCGCGCGAAGGUCCGUCAUUACGCGCUUGCUCUGCCAGAAGAAGCAGACGCAGUGCCGAUGGAGGGUGCUGCAGCAGCCGAAGGAGCGAAACAGGAACAGAAGGAAAAGAGACAGCAGUUAAUACGGGAGAGAAAACCCCUCCUGGAGGCUUGUGACAGUCUGCGUGGAGACCUUGCUGCCUUUGGAAUCCACAUAAAGGACAGGGCUGCUGUUUCAACCUGGGAAAUCGAAGAAGGAGGGCAAGUGGGGCAGCAGACCAAGAAAAAAAGCUGAAACUUCAUCCCUGGACUAUUUUAUUUUGGCUGCUUUGGCAACAGUUGUAAAUAUUAAUGCUUUCCAAAUAAAAUCUUUGGAACAGAAGGGCUAGCAAAGACAUGAUCUGAGCAAAACUGUUGGCACUGCUACUAGGUAAAUAAACACAGGAGCAUCUGAAGUACAUGACGGCAGGGCAGAAGCAGCCUUGGUCUAGUCUAAUGCAGGAAAUGCCCCAGCCCCAGCUGCUACGUGAUCUGUGCUUGUGCCCUGUUUUGCUGAGCGAGCACUGAGAAUUAAAAUGUAGUGAAGACUGAGGCAAGAACUUAGGCCUGUCUUCGAGGGUAAAAACACUUAAGUUUUAUACCCACUGGUUUGAACAGUUGUGUUCCUCUUGGACAUGGGAAGAAGUAACACUUUUAGCCUUGGCGUAUUUCCUCAUUGCAGUGUUCUGGGUUUGGUCCUGUGAAAUCUUUAAUGGUAAUAUGAUGGUAUCCAGUCAUCUGUAAGGCUUGGCACCUUUUCAGUUUGCUUUUGCACAGAAUACACUGAGAUUUCCCUGGCACUAGGACUGCAAUGUGCUCAGGACCUCUCCAACAGCAUUGUGAAGAGAAAAUUAGAUAUUUGGUUAUUACCUGUUCCAUUACCUCUUCUCCUUUGCUAUGUUUGCAUUAAAAAAAAUCCCCUGGAUGGUGUGGCUGCAGCAGAUGCAGUGGCCUGCUGUACAUGU